UAGACACAAUGUCAGCUGAAAAAGUCGAAGAGAUUCCCGUCGGUGAUGAACCAUUCCUGGGCACAUUGGAUAUUGUAUUGCUGUUUGCCUUAAUUGCCGGUGCAACAUGGUACUUUAUGCGCAGCCGUAAGAAGGAAGAGGAGCCAAUUCGUUCAUACUCCAUACAGCCCACAACCGUUAGCACUACGAGCUCUUCCGAGAACUCAUUCAUUAAAAAGUUAAAAGCUUCCGGUCGCAGCUUGGUUGUUUUUUAUGGUUCGCAGACGGGCACAGGCGAGGAGUUUGCUGGUCGUCUGGCGAAGGAAGGCUUAAGGUAUCGCAUGAAGGGCAUGGUCGCAGAUCCGGAAGAAUGUGAUAUGGAAGAACUCUUGCAGUUAAAAGACAUUCCUAAUUCGCUGGCUGUUUUUUGUUUGGCCACAUAUGGCGAAGGCGAUCCUACAGAUAAUGCCAUGGAAUUCUAUGAAUGGCUUUUAAAUGGCGAUGCUGAUUUAAAUGGCUUAAAUUUCGCGGUGUUUGGUCUUGGGAAUAAAACGUACGAACACUACAACAAAAUGGCCAUUUAUGUAGAUCAACGUUUAGAAGAACUAGGCGCUACACGUGUCUUUGAACUUGGCCUUGGAGAUGAUGAUGCAAACAUUGAAGACGAUUUUAUAACUUGGAAAGAUCGUUUUUGGCCCGCAGUUUGCGACUUCUUUGGCAUUGAAGGUGGAGGUGAGGAAGUGCUAUUGCGGCAAUACCGGCUUCUGGAACAACCAGACGUGCAUUCCGAUCGUAUUUACACCGGAGAAAUUGCCCGUUUACACUCACUGGCAAAUCAGCGUCCACCAUUUGACGCUAAAAAUCCAUUCCUCGCGCCGAUCAUUGUCAACCGCGAGUUGCACAAGGCUGGUGAUCGGUCAUGCAUGCACAUCGAAUUGGAUAUUAGUGAUUCGAAAAUGCGUUACGACGCUGGAGAUCAUGUUGCUAUGUACCCUAUUAAUGAUACUGAGUUGGUAGAAAAAUUAGGCAAGCUCUGCAAUGCUGAUCUCGGCACUGUAUUCUCGCUUAUCAAUACAGAUACCGAUAGCAGUAAGAAACAUCCAUUCCCCUGUCCAACUACGUAUCACACAGCACUAAAGCACUACUUGGAAAUUACUGCCAUACCAAGAACGCACAUUCUCAAGGAAUUGGCGGAAUAUUGCACAGAUGAGGCCGACAAAGAAUUUCUUCGCAGUAUGUCUUCCAUAUCGCCUGAAGGCAAGGAAAAGUAUCAGAGCUGGAUUCAGGAUGCUUGUAGAAAUAUUGUGCACAUUUUGGAGGAUAUAAAGUCGUGCAAACCGCCUAUAGAUCACAUCUGCGAAUUGCUGCCUCGUCUACAGCCCCGUUAUUACUCUAUAUCGUCGUCCUCUAAGUUGUAUCCAAACCAUGUGCAUGUCACUGCUGUAUUAGUGCAAUACAAAACACCAACUGGGCGAGUAAAUAAGGGUGUGGCCACGACGUAUUUGAAAGAGAAGAUACCUGGGUCUGAGGAUGUGCGCGUACCUGUGUUUAUACGCAGGUCACAAUUCAGGCUACCAACAAAACCCGAAAUACCUGUAAUCAUGGUUGGACCCGGCACUGGAUUGGCUCCAUUCCGUGGAUUCAUUCAAGAGCGGCAAUAUCUGCGUGAUGAAGGUAAAGUUGUUGGGGAAACGAUUUUGUACUUUGGUUGCAGAAAGAGGAACGAAGAUUACAUUUAUGCGGAGGAACUUGAGGAAUUCCUAAAGAAGGGAACAUUAACGCUGAAAACGGCUUUCUCACGUGACCAAAAGGAGAAAAUCUACGUUACCCAUUUGAUUGAAAAGGAUGCUGAUUUGAUUUGGAACGUGAUAGGGGUGAACAAGGGACACUUUUACAUUUGCGGUGAUGCAAAAAAUAUGGCUGUCGAUGUUAGAAAUAUUUUGGUCAAUAUACUAAUGAACAAGGGUAACAUGAGCGAAGCUGAUGCUGUGCAAUACAUUAAGAAAAUGGAGGCACAAAAACGUUACUCCGCUGACGUCUGGAGCUAGAAAUACAAUAUAAGAGAUUUUUAAGAAAUCAGCAACAAAAAAGCCUUUUAAUAUUUCCUCGUUAAGUAGAAGAAUUAAUGCUAUGAAGACAAAGUGUGCAAUUAGUAUAAAAACGAGCAGAAAAUACCCCGUAUUGAAUCGGAAUUCAUCAUAUUCCUCCGUCUAAAUGAAUCCCUGUCCCCUUAUGCAUAAUAAACUGUGCGAAUGCUCAUUAUUUCCCAGCUAUUAUUAAUUUUACUUUCUGAUUACAAUGCAAAAGAGAAAGCAUUCUAGUUAAACAAAUUACCGGGUUUGGAGUUUUCUGCACAUAUGUAUGUAAGAGAAUUAUGAAAAAAGUUAAUACUAAUUAUAAGACGAUCACAUUUUAUAGAAACAAAUUGUUUUAAGUGUAAUUAAGUAGAUAUGUUAAUAAAUGUACCCAAAAAAUAUUACAUAUUUAUUCUGUAUAGUGGUGUAAAAAUUAUGUAAACCAAUGUGCAAUUUACAGCGAAGAAGAAGUCAAUAAACAAAAUUUUAUUUUUUUAUUAAUUAUAAAAAAUUUUAUAUUUUGUAAAUAAAAUAUAAGAGCAAGCUCACCA